AUGCUGGGCGUGAGCGUAACAACGCGGUUUCUUUAUAGCGUUCUGCAGGGCAAGGAAUACAGUGGCAAAUCCAAAAAGAACGAACCCUUGCACAGGCUGAUCGAUCACCUUGCCAAGGACCUACGGACAUGCUACGACAAGCCAAUUCCUAUCGAAGGAGUUUCUUGGACCAAACAAGUUCACCUCAUUUGUCUCGGAUUCAAGGGCGAUCUUCAAGGACUCAUCAAGGUUGGAAAGCUUUCUCGCAACUUCAUGCGGGACACUGCUACCGGAAAUGGGCCAGGGAUUUGUCAUUUGUGCCGCGCGGGGCAAGAGGGAAUGCCCUGGCACAACACUGAGUACUGUGCCAUGAAGGCAAUGAAGAAAGACGUUCCUCCACCGUGGAAGGAGGAACCAAGUUUGGUUGCCCAGCUGCCUCACAGCCCUUCCCACAAAGCACAAUUUUUCUGCGUGGACCUAUUCCAUACUUUGCUGAAGGGUGUCUUCGGGGACAUUGCUGCGAACUGUGUUGUGUCAUGCUACGACUUGAACAUUUUUGGCAAGUUGUCCAUUGACAAGCUGCUGGAAUAUAUCUACAAUGAUCUUCGAGGCUUCUGCAAGCAGAGAAGCCUGCAGCUGCACAUGAACGAACGCCUUCCUGGGAUUGAGGAAACUUGGAAAGACUACGUGAGUGACAUGGUGGGAGCCCUCAAAAGUGCCAGCGCUUUCAUGCACACACUGCAUCAUUCUGGGCUUUGGCUUUUAGAUGCUGAGCGGGAUGCGCUAAUUUGCGAUGGGCUAGCCAGCGUAAACUUUUUCCAACGCUUGGCUGACACUGCAUUUUCUUUGGGUUACACAAGAUGGAAGUACCAACCCAAGUAUCAUUUCUUCGCCGAAGUGUUGUACAGCUUGCAAGAAGCCAGGGAACUUGACGUUCCCGCUAUGAACCCACUUUCGUGGGCCACGCAGUUAGAUGAGGAUUUUGUAGGCAAAAUUUCCACUGCCAGUAGGCAAGUGAGUUCGCGAACAAUUCACACACGAACGGUACAGAAGUACUUGUUGCUUUUGCGAGCGCACUGGGACAGCUAG